CUUAAACCCUAAACCCUGUGCACAAAAUUCCUCAAAAAAAACAGAAUGCAAGUACUGAAAUCAUCUUCCGUUUUCUCAACUCCCCAUUUCCUCCAUUUCCCCUUCAAACCCAAAUCAUUUAUUUUUCUUCUCUACUAUUCUUCUUCUUCCACCUCACUUUCAAAUUCUCCCCUUCUCAAUUACCUUGUAAAAAACUUGGGUUUCACUGAAACUCAAGCUCUUUCAAUCGCUAAACGCUACCCCAACGUGAAAUCCUUCGAAAGGCCCCAAUCUGUUGCCAACUUUUUCCGAAAUCUUGGCUUUUCUAAUGCCCAAAUAGCCGCUUCUGUCCGACACGCGCCCCAAAUUCUCUUUGCGGAUGUCGAAACGAAGCUUAGGCCAAAAAUCAAGUUUUUUCAAGAUCUGGGUCUUGUGGGACCUCACCUGGGUAAGUUCCUUUCCAGGAAUUCUGCGCUUUUGGCUUGUAGUUUAGACAAAAAGUUGAAUCCUUCUAUCCAAAUUGUCAAGAAAGUUUUAGGGAAUAAUGAUAAUGAGGACGUGAUUAGGGUCUUCAAUAGAUGCAAUGGUUUUAUUGUCAGAGAUUGCAUAUUAAAGUUUUCGAGAAACAUUGAGUAUUUGGAGAGCUGUGGGAUUGUUGGGUCUCAGCUCUCAAGGUUGUUAAAGAGACAACCUAGGAUUUUCAGAAUGCGAGAAUCUGAAUUAAGGAACCUCGUUUUGAGGGUUUUGGAUAUGGGGUUUUCAACUGAUUCGAGGAUGUUAGUACAUGCUAUUCAUACUAUGAAUUGCUUGAGUAAACAAACAUUUAAGAAGAAAUGGGAAUUACUAAAGAGUUUUGGUUUUUCGGAAAAUGAUUGCUUGGAUAUUUUUAGGAAGACCCCAGGUCUUUUUAGGACCUCUGAGAAGAAAAUGAAGUUAGGAAUAGAGUUCUUUACGAAUGUAGCAAAGGUUGAUAAGAAUGUGUUGGUUUCUAGACCAUAUCUGUUGAUGAAUAGCUUGGAAGACCGGGUGAUUCCUCGAUACAGAGUUUGGCAGAUUAUCAAGUUAAAGAAGUUGCUGAAGAAGGAACCGAGUUUUCUUUACAUUUUGGACUAUACAGAGAAUGAGUUCUGGCAGUUCAUCUCAAGGUUUAAAGAUCAUGGGGAGGAGCUGUUGAUAGCUUACAAGGCUCAUCGUUUGCACACUUCUUCUUCUUCAGAAGAAGAAGAAGAAGAAGAAGAAAAAGAAACAUGAUAGGAGCCUGCUUUCGUUUAACAUGGUUUCACUUUGACCUGCACCAGUCUCAAUUAAUAAAGGCCAGUUCUGAGCCUUCAUGUUGAUUCGAUCAAAAAUUAGUCAUGUCACAGGUUCUGAGUUUGUUAUUUGACAAGAUAAGAAAUAUCAAUAGAAAUGUUUAAGAUGCCCCUUUAUGUUUUAUGGAACUUGAGGGAUCAAUCACUGUGAUGAUGGUCUCGGAGUAGUUACAUGGUUCAGUUUCUCAUGCAAGCUGGAUAGCUGUGACAGAGAUUUGCAUCAAGAGGAAGCUGAUCCACAAGUGCACGCAAUUGAUUUUCAUUUUUGCAGGCAUUCUGAAAGUGAAGUUAUUGAAUGCACUGUUUACAAAACUGUAUGAUCUCUUUUUCGAAGCAAGUGUUUACAAACUGAGUUUUUGGGGCUGCAGAGAACAUCUUGAGGGCCCAAGUACUGUUACAAGAUGUUGGCUAGUUGAUGGCAUCUGUGAAGGGCUAAGUGAAAACAGAUUGAUCAAUGUUCCAGCAUAAGAAUUCAAAGAAAUUUGGCCUUGAUUUUUGCUUCUUGGUAUGAUAUUUUGGCCUAGUUUCUCUUGAGCAUGAUUACCUGACUUAGGCUGCUAUAUUUGGAUUGAUUCUUGCUGCACAUUAGGACUGAGAUGGACAAGUAUGUGACAUUAAUGUUUGGCUACUACAUUGGGACUGAGAUGGACAGGUCGCAAGCUUAAUGCUUGAAUUUGGGAAAGAUUUAAUUUUUUUUUCUUUUAAAUUUGUUGAAUCUAUAAUUACUACGAUUAAAUAUUUGUAUAUAAUAUUUUUAAUAUUAAAAAUUCAG